CCGGGCCCCAUAUAAAAGCGCGCCCUCAAUGGCCGCCUUCCGGGGUUUCAUUCGCAUUUGGAGAAAAAUACGGUGCUGCGCGCGCGGACGGACGUACACACGGCGAACAUUGGCUUAUACGCCGAAACAUGUGGCUCCCAAUGUUGUUCGUGCUAGUCGCGCUGGCCGAGGCACAGAAAGGGCGAUCCCCAAUUUCGGCCCAUGGUGUUCAGUACGUGAGCGAUCAACCUGAAAACCCCUACCGUGUGGUUUACGACGAUGACCCUCGGUAUGCAUUACAUGGAGGACAAAGUACUAAGCCUGGCGAUGGCAGGACAGUGAGAUACCACGCUUUUCAAGCAGAAGAGCAAAGGUCGUAUCUGCACUCUCGUCGUGUUCCAACCACCACAGUGUCCCUACAUGCCGGUUCAAAGCAGGCAUUGAGCGGAGCGGCCACUAGCAAGAACAAUCAGCAUACUUCGAUCCAACAGCAAGGAGCUCCAGGCGUUGGUGUCGGCGACCAAUCGCAACUAGUGUACCCUCAAGGAUCAUUGCCUGGAUACGCAAUACCCCAAGAAUACCUACAACAAGGCGUGUCUGGUGGCGCUUCGGCUGAGUACCUCCGGGCGGGGGCAGUCUACGCCCCGACUUCGGACAUUGCACAGUACUCAAAUGCUCUGCAGAACUACGCUCAACAACUGGGCUACCCAGCGGCUUACGCGCAAAACCAGGGUUAUCCUUCCGGAAGCUCCGCCGGGGAGCCCACGCAGUAUGUCCAGCAACCUUACUACGUACCUUACUACCCCGGAUCGUCCUACUCUGGUGCUGGUGCGCCUACACACGGCGUUGCUGACCAAACAGGUGGAGCCGUACACGUACCAGCGACCGUCCCUCAAGGCGUGGACUACACUACGGGAAGUGCCGGACCACCGCCGGGACAGAAUGGCUUCGUAUAUCCACCCAGGUAUUCUCCUGAGAGCUCUAAGCCGGCCACUCCAGGGUACGUUGGAGCCGACACGGGAACUAGCCCUAAGGUAGGGACUGACCUCAGCGUUCCUUCCGACCACUACGGGAAAGGUAACGGACCUGCUCAGGUCGUCCCGACAGGAGCCGGACAAGGCGUGUACAGUUACCCGUACGGAUACCCAGUAGCCUACGUGCCGUACAGGUAUCCUGUGCAACCCACCGCCCAAGCUCCUCCUACGCAUCAUACAGCUAACCCCGCUCAGCCGCCCUACUCGGCGCCUGCUCCGGCCUACACGGCGUAUGCUCAGCCGCAAGUUCCGUCGGGACCAAUUCAAGCUUACUACUCCCAGCAAAACGCAUACGCUAACCAGGCGCCAGUACAGACAAGCCAGGAGCAGUUCACAUUUGGCGGGCCUCCGAGAACAAUCUACUCCCUUCCCGGGCCAAUCACUAGCACGCGCCCCAGUCCAGCCGCGCUGCACCACGCAAAGCAUCAUUCUCUCCCAGCAGCAGCUACUACCGCAGCUCCGAGGUAUGGUAAGAGCUUCGUCGACAUCGGCUACACUGCCGCGUCCAUCUACGGCACGCCGAUGUACUCAAAGGCGAGCCCCAACCCGUUCCUGUCGAAAUAUGUGAAUGGGCCGGGUCCACUACUACCCUAGAGGCGUGGUCUCGGACACGGCUGGCAAUGUCUACAUCCAAGGGCCUCAAGGCUUGCCUGCACUGCACCCCGCUCACGUUGCGCCAUCUGGACAGGGACACUACGCCGAAGAAGGCGUGCAGUACGUGCCGGCAGAUAAGUCCUACGAGCUCGGACGAUUUGUAACCAUGCACGCGGGCAAAGAUGGAGUUAGGUACAUCAAGAAGAAACGUUAACAUGUCCU